AUGGCUUCCCCGUUAAUCUUCCGGCUGCUGUCAGUUCUUAUCAUCAGUGGGCUUCUCGGUUGGCAUUCUCAGGCGCAUCCACUGCUUCCAGGGCGAAUGGCAUUGUCCCCGUCAUCGGUCCAGCCACCAUCUACCGUCGACAACACCUUUGCGGACCAUAGAUCUGCAAUCUUGGCAGGAUCUGUCACAAUGGCCAAGGAGUUAGGAGCCUUCGAGUUACACGCGCCACCUUCAAGGGUGAUGAAUGCCCCUAUAAAGCUGGAUAAACGUCGCAUGGGGCUAGCUCCUCCGGGUCACGAUAGAAUGUUCCUGCAAUAUUAUCUGCAUAAGAACGUCAGUCGAGUCUACGAAACUUACAUCGAGGACGCCAUAAAGACCGCGGAGGACACUCCCGGGGGGUCGGAGGGGCUCGACGACUAUAGCAAGACCAAAAAGCCCUGGAGACACCCAGGCUUUGGCUGGAUAGACAUAUUCAACACGGCCAAAGGGAAAAUAGUUAUAUAUGAUAAUAAAACUCGUGUCAAUAAAGAAGCCAUCUUCAAACGCAUUGAAGAGGUGGCAAAGUUUGAGAAAUCAAACGACACUGGAGUAUCAGCGAAAGGAGGGUCCGGAAAAGACAACAAACGCUGGUUCGAGGAAAGCUUCAGCCGGGCGAAAGUGGUGCUUACGCCAGCAGGGGCAUUAUUUAUCCCUGCCAACACUACGGACGCCCGCAAAGACCUCAUCCGCAAUAGUGUUGUACGGAUACUAAGGUCGCGCGACGAAAUGCCAUUGUUUUUUGGGGGGCAUCACGGGGAUCAUUACGGGGGCCUAAUCUCAAAGAAUACCAAGAGUGGGCGCGAGACCUGGAGGGGGUAG